AUGGAGCUGAGUUCAUGGAGAACCAAGACUCCAAGAAAACAACCUCAUCCCAGCCGGAGUCCCGAUAUCCAAGAUCCAGACUUCCAGGGAGUAACGUUCAGGAUGGACACGGAGCUGGACGACAGCAGGGAACAGUGUCGGCUCCUCAUAACUUCAAAGUACAGCAAAGAGCUCUACAAGCAUGUGAGAAAACCGAGGCUGAGGACACGAAAGAAGAAGAAAUCACUUAAAAUUAGCAGCUCAGAUGAGGAGAAUGACCCUGUUUCACUAGAGGGUAAAGUCUGUGCAUCAUGCUGCACCAGGAAAACUCCCAUGUGGAGAGAUGCAGAGGAUGGGACUCCACUCUGCAAUGCUUGUGGGAUAAGGUAUAAGAAGUACAGAGUGCGCUGUGUCAACUGCUGGCAUAUCCCUCGGAAAGAGGGCAACUCCAACUCCAGCUGCCUCAAGUGUGGAAACUUUGUGAGGCUGACCUCAGCUAAGCGGAAACACACCACCUAG